GGAUUGGAACAAGCCAGCACAGCUUAUCACAUAAACAGGGCCGUCGGAGACAAUCUGUCAGAGAAUGUCCUUUCACACAUACACACACACACACACACUCCGGACGCUGCUGGGGGGAUAUAUAAGAACUCACCAGGAGGGUCUAACACCCACUAGAUUUCUCUGAGGAACUGUUUUGCAGUUUGGGUUUUUCUCCCACUUAGAUCUAUCAGCAACUACCUUACCAGCCCUUUGAGUGCCAGAGAUGGUACCAGUUUGUGGGUAAAGUAUAUUUUUCCUCAAACCUUAGGCUGAAAUUUUUUUGAUGGCUAAUACUGAAGUUCCUGGAUUGGGAAGAUAAAACUGCUUCAAGAACAGGAGAACAAACAACUUUUAAGGAUGUAAACUAGUUGUGAGCAAGGACUGUUUACGUCAGCAACUUCUUGGACUUUGAUUGUCUUGCAUUGUAUUUUCCUUCUCUUCCUUUUAACAACUAUAAACAUCUCCUAGAGGGACUACAAACUGUUUCUGGGCAGAAAUGGAAACUGCUAUACCUUUAGGAAUGUUUUACGACAACGUGUCAAUUCUGGAUUUGGACAGUACUUCGAUAAACAAUGUCUAUUUUCACAAGAAUUUUGAUGCCUUCAGUGUUACCAUGGCUGUCCUCUACCUGGCAGUAUGCAUUGUGGGUUUGGGAGGAAACUCCCUGGUUAUCAUCGCCAUUUUGAAGCUGGACAAAAUGUCAUCUGCGACCACAGUCUACAUUUUUAACCUAGCUUUGGCGGAUGGCCUUUUCAUGAUAGGACUCCCGUUCAUUGCUAUCCAAAACUUCCAGGACCAAUGGAUCUUUGGAGACCUGGUCUGCAAACUGGUUAUGGUUCUGGAUGGCAUAAACCAAUUCACAAGCGUAUUCUGCCUAACCGUGAUGAGUGUUGACCGCUACAUGGCUCUAGUAGACCCAUUGCGCUUUGCUCGCUGGCGGACACCUCAACGGGCAAAGAUUAUUGCUGCCCUAAUGUGGUUUAUCUCACUAUUUCCUGUCUUGCCUAUGGCUAUUCACUUUUCCGCCAACUAUGGUUUGUGCACUCUAGACCCCAACGUGGCCUCUGACACCUGGUGGUUGACCUUUCUUAGCUAUACAUUCGUACUCGGCUUUGCCUUACCCUUCACCAUAAUGAUUGUAUUUUACACCGCAUUGGUGGCGACUCUCAGAAAUGCCAUGCAGCAGAGUGGAUUGUCCUCCUCUUUGGAAAGCCACAAACUGGAGAAACAGGUCACCAAGAUGGUCGUGGCAGUUGUUCUGGUCUUUGGCAUAUGCUGGCUGCCAUUCUAUGUCUUCAACUUCUGCUCUCUGCACCGAACAGACCUGGUACUCAACUUCACCCGUGGCUUUGAGUUUGUGGUGCUGCUGUCCUACUCGUGGAGCUGCGCCAAUCCCAUACUGUACGCUUGUCUGUCAGAAACGUUUCGAAGGCAUUUCCACACCCUCCUCUGCCCCCUCAAGAGCUCACCCACACACUGUGACAGAGACACAGAGGGGUACAUAUUGCGCGAUACUAACGUACAAGAUGUGAGUGUUUUAGCUUAGGAAGUUUCUCACUGAGAACAUCUGAGAAAAACAGACAAUCCCUACAUCCAGAAUCACCAAACUUGCAUCUCAUUUCUGUAGUGCACAUCAAAGUACUGCCAUUUGCACCACUGAGAUUGCUUUUGCUACUAUGCAAUAGAUUACAAAAAAAAAAAACAUGUGCAGACUGAGGCAUUGAUAAGUGGAUCAUGAUAACUUUCCCUUUAAUGGUACAAUGAUUUCAUGGCAGCAAUACCACAAGCAAAGUUGACUUAGUGACUGAGAGUUUACUUUGUGUCUCCAUGCAAAGGAAGGAGCAUGUUGUGAGAGUGUAGGAGUGUUUUCAAAUUGAUUGUAGUUUGAAUGAUGUCACUGUUGUAAUGACAUCCAGCUUGAACCGAAUUAUUUGAGGAUUCUCGUGAGACUGUUGCCACAUGACUUAAUAAGUGAUCAUGAUUCACGAGGAAUUUGUUUUAAAAAGUUGAAUUAAAUGUUAAUGGUGAACACUGCCAUGGUUUUUUAAAUGGUCUCAUGUUUCCAAUUAUUUAAAUUUAUUUACACAUGCAGGGUAAUAUAUAUUUGUAAUUAUCUUGAUACUC